AUGAAAGAUGUGUCAUCAAAAUUCUUGACAGAUAUCGUAGCUUCAUGUUUCUUUGGUUACGAAGUAAAGUGCUUUAGAAAUGAUGAAUCAGAUUUUGUUAAUUUCACUAAAAAUUUAUUUUCCCAUAAAGUCGCGCUGUUGCCAUUCUUCCGCUUGUUCUCGUAUUUUUUCGUUCCUACUUUUGUGUCGCUGUUCAAGUUAAACUUUUUGGAUAAUACACUUUUGAAGAAAAUUAUUAUAGAUACUCUUUAUUAUAGAGAGACGAAUAAUGUCAAGAGAAAUGAUUUUAUCGAUUUACUGAAACAACUUAACACGAAUUGUAAAGAAGAUUGCGAGAUUGAAUUUGGUACCGAUAGACUGAUUUCCCAAUUGAUCACAUUUUAUAUCGCUGGAUUUGAGACCACUAGCAAUGCCGUAGCGUUCGCACUCUAUGAGCUCGGUCUCCGAACGGAUUGUCAAGACAGGCUUAGGGAAGAAAUAUUGAGUAUUAUAAAAACAGAGGAGGAUAUAACUUACGAAAAUCUACAAAAGUUGAAAUAUCUGGACAUGGUUCUUUCAGGUGAUCGUUUUGGUUUGAUUUGUGCCAAAAUUGGAUUAGUGUACUUUUUACGGAAGUUUAAGAUAGACAGAUGCGCAGAAACACCGGAUAAGAUGUUAUUGAAUCCAAGGAGUCCCUUUAUGGUGCCUCUCAAUGGAAUAAAAAUGACUGUGCACAAAAGUAGAUAUUUUUAA